GGCCCCUCUAGCAUGGUGCGGGGCCGCCGCCGCCUCGUCCUCCGGCUGCCGACAUGGGCGAGAGGCUGGAGCUGCGGCUGAAGUCGCCCGUGGGAGCCGAGCCCGCCGUGUACCCCUGGCCGCUGCCCGUCUACGACAAACACCACGAUGCUGCUCAUGAAAUUAUUGAGACAAUUCGGUGGGUCUGUGAAGAAAUCCCAGAUCUCAAGCUCGCCAUGGAAAACUACGUUUUAAUUGACUAUGAUACAAAAAGCUUUGAGAGCAUGCAGAGGCUGUGUGACAAGUACAACCGAGCCAUCGACAGCAUCCACCAGCUGUGGAAGGGGACGACGCAGCCCAUGAAGCUGAACACGCGUCCCUCCAACGGGCUCCUGAGGCACAUCCUGCAGCAGGUCUACAACCACUCGGUCACAGACCCCGAGAAACUCAACAACUACGAGCCCUUCUCCCCCGAGGUCUACGGAGAAACUUCCUUUGACUUGGUGGCCCAAAUGAUCGAUGAGAUUAAAAUGACAGAGGACGAUUUGUUCGUUGACUUGGGCAGUGGUGUGGGGCAGGUGGUGCUUCAAGUGGCUGCAGCCACGAACUGCAAACAUCACUACGGAGUGGAGAAAGCUGAUAUUCCAGCCAAGUACGCCGAGACGAUGGACAGAGAGUUCAGAAAAUGGAUGAAGUGGUAUGGGAAGAAACAUGCAGAAUACACACUGGAAAGAGGUGACUUCCUCUCAGAAGAAUGGAGAGAGAGGAUUGCAAACACAAGUGUUAUUUUUGUGAAUAACUUUGCCUUCGGGCCUGAGGUGGAUCACCAGCUGAAGGAGCGCUUUGCAAACAUGAAGGAAGGUGGGAGAAUUGUGUCCUCAAAACCUUUUGCACCUCUAAAUUUUAGAAUUAACAGUCGAAACUUGAGUGAUAUUGGCACUAUCAUGAGGGUUGUGGAGCUGUCACCACUGAAGGGCUCUGUGUCCUGGACGGGGAAACCAGUCUCCUACUACCUGCACACCAUUGACAGAACCAUACUUGAAAACUAUUUUUCUAGUCUCAAAAAUCCAAAACUCAGGGAGGAACAAGAGGCAGCUAGACGUCGUCAACAACGAGAAAACAAGAGUAACACAACAACUCCAACGAAGCUCCAAGACAGCAAGGAUUCUGGUGCUGAAGAAGAAAAAGCUGCAGCAAAUUCUGUUAAAAAGCCAUCUCCCUCCAAGGCCCGGAAGAAAAAGCUGAGCAAGAAAGGCAGGAAAAUGGCAGGGAGGAAACGAGGGCGCCCCAAGAAAAUGAACACGGCGAGUACUGAACGCAAGACCAAGAAGAACCAAACUGCACUAGAACUUCUGCAUGCCCAGACUGUCUCCCAGACAUCUUCAUCCUCUCCUCAGGAUGCCUACAAGUCACCUCAUAGCCCAUAUUACCAACUACCUCCGAAAGUGCAACGGCAUUCGUCCAACCAGCUCCUGGUGACACCCACCCCCCCUGCACUACAGAAGCUGCUAGACUCGUUUAAGAUCCAGUACAUGCAGUUCAUGGCAUACAUGAAAACUCCUCAGUACAAAGCAAGUCUGCAACAGUUGCUGGAGCAGGAAAAGGAGAAGAAUGCUCAGCUGCUGGGGACAGCCCAGCAGUUAUUCACCCACUGCCAGGCCCAGAAAGAGGAAAUCAAACGCCUGUUUCAGCAGAAGCUCGAUGAGCUGGGAGUUAAAGCUCUGACGUACAACGACCUGAUCCAGGCUCAGAAGGAGAUCUCUGCUCACAACCAGCAGCUGAAAGAACAGACAAAACAGCUGGAGAAGGACAACAGUGAACUCAGGAACCAGAGCUUGCAGCUGCUGAAGGCUCGAUGUGAAGAGCUGAAGCUGGAUUGGUCGACGCUGUCACUGGAGAACUUGCUGAAAGAGAAGCAGGCCUUGAAGAAUCAGAUUUCUGAGAAGCAAAAGCACUGUUUGGAACUGCAGAUCAGCAUCGUGGAACUCGAGAAGAGUCAGCGGCAGCAGGAGCUGCUGCAGCUCAAGUCCUACACGCCCUCGGAGGAGCCCCUGUCGGUGCAGCUGCACGGCAAAAGCCACCUGAGCCGCGACGCCGAGGCUGAGCACGGCCGCUUCCAGCUGGAGCUCGAGUGCUCCAAGUUCCCCAUGCCCCACAUUAAUGGCAUGAGCCCCGAGCUGUCCAUGAACGGCCACGCCACCCCCUACGAGCUGCAGCACGCCUUCGGCCGGCCCUCGUCCAAGCAGAACACCCCCCAGUACCCCAGCUCGCACCUGGACCAAGACAUCGUGCCCUGCACCCCCAGCCACAGCAGCAGGCAGAAGGCAGACAAGGCGAGCAGCCUGGCCCUCCCUGAUUACACCAGGUUCUCCCCCGCCAAAAUCGCCCUGCGGAGACACUUGAACCAGGACCACGGAGUCAAUGGAAGGGCAGCAGCUAAUGAGAUACAGAGAGCUGAGCAUGUCAAAGAGAAUGGCCUUACAUAUCCAAGCCCUGGAAUUGCGAAUGGCAUAAAGCUGAGUCCUCAGGAAACUCGGCCCUCCUCCCCUGCGGCCUUACCCAGUGCAGGAGAGAAGGUUUUGAGAGAGAGAACCUCUGUGAGUAAUGGAGAAACUAUCACCAGCCUCCCUAUCAGUAUUCCUCUGAGCACAGUGCAGCCCAAUAAACUCCCUGUUAGUAUCCCUCUGGCCAGCGUAGUCCUACCUAGCCGUGUUGAGAAGGUGAGAAGCACACCCAGCCCAGUUCACCAGAGCAGAGACUCGUCGACACUUGAAAAGCAGAUUGGUGCUAGUUCUCAUAAUGGCAUAAGCAAUGCUGCUGGAAACAAGCCUCUGGCUUUGGCUACCUCAGGUUUUUCUUACUCUUCUGGCUCCGUGGCAGUCAAUGGAAAUCUUACAAACAGCCCAGCCCAUCUUAACCAUAGUGUUGAUCAGGCAGCUCUGGACGACUCUGGGAGUCUCUUUAACUCUGUAGGGUCUCGGAGUUCCACUCCACAACAUCCUUUGCUAAUGAUGAGGAACUCUGGGCAGAACUCCCCUGCUCAGCAGCACUCGAGCCCCCGCUUAAGUGGCCCGGCCCAGAGCCUGGCAGGGGGACUGCAGGGUGCAGAGGCUCAGAAGAUCUUUGCCGAAGGAACAAAGGGGGACCCGCAGUCUGAUGCAGCGUUUUCAGAUCCUGAGAACGAGGCCAAGAGGAGAAUCAUCUUUACAAUCUCUCCUAAUACAGGACAUGUAAAACAAUCCCCUUCCAGCAAGCACAGCCCCGUGCCCGCCGGCGGCCAGGCCCACGCGCAGGACGGGAAGAAGCGCGGCCGGCGGAAGAGAUCCUGCACUGGGAACGCCAGCGGGAACGGCGCCGUCUCCCCGAAACGCAAACCCCUGCCCUCGGUGGCCGGGCUCUUUACGCAGCCCUCGGGGUCGCCGCUCAAUAUCAACUCCAUGGUCAAUAACAUUAACCAGCCCUUAGAGAUAACAGCCAUUUCCUCUCCUGAAAACUCCCUGAAGAACUCUCCUGUUCCUUACCAGGACAAUGACCAGCCCCCAGUGCUGAAAAAGGAGAAGCCCCUCGUUCAGAGCAACGGUGUCCAUUACUCCCCCCUGACAUCGGAUGACGAGCAGGGCUCUGAGGAUGAGCACAAUAGCAGCAGAAUUGAGAGGAAAAUUGCAACAAUAUCAUUGGAAAGCAAAUCUCCACAGAAGACUGUUGAAAAUGGUGGCAGCUUAUCGGGGAGGAAACAAGCACAAAGCAACGAGAACAUGAACAGCAGCAAGUGGAAAUCGACUUUUUCACCGAUAUCUGACGUCAACCUGACCAAAACCACCGACAGCCCCUUGCAGGCGGUGUCAGCCCUGAGCCAGAGCUCCCUGUUCGCCUUCAGGCCGCCCUCCGAGGACGGGCUGCCCGUGGACACCAAGGUGCCGGGACACCCCAGGAAGGGCCCGGCCGUGCCCUCGGAUUUGAGCCCCGGCACGAACCCCCCCAACGGCUUCACCUACAACGGGGGCCUGUCCUCGGAGCUGGGCCUGCACGGCUUCCUGGACGGCGCCGCUCUCCCGCACAAAGCCGCCGACGGGCCGGCCCCCAGCUGCUCGCUGGGCUUCCCCUCGCAGCGAGGCAAGGACCUGGGCGCGUCGGACACGAACCUUUUCCUGAACAAGAGGCAGCUGGAAGGUCUGGGCACCAAGGGAGAGGAGCUGAGCCGGCCGGCAGCGAAGGGCAAAGAGCUCAGCGAGCUGAGCGGCCGAGCGGCGGCGUCGGCCGAGAAAAACCCCGUGCAGCACAACGGAAAGGUUGCCAAGGGAAGGGACCGAGAGGUGGAGUUUAAAAACGGCCACAACCUUUUCAUUUCUGCUGCUGUUUCCUCUGGUGGCCUUCUGAACGGUAAAAGCCUUGCUACUGCCGUCUCCUCGGCGGGGAGCGCGGCGCCGUCCGUCCCGACGCACCAUCCUUUCCUCAACACUCUGACCACUGGAUCGCAGUUCCCCCUGGGGCCCAUGGCCUUGCAAGCAAACCUCAACUCGGUGACAAACUCCUCAGUAUUGCAGUCCUUAUUUAAUUCAAUGCCAGCUGCUGCCAGUCUGGUCCACGUGUCAUCAGCUGCAACCAGACUGACUAAUUCUCACACUAUGGGGAACUUCUCUCCUGGGGUUACAGGUGGAACAGUUGGAGGUAUUUUUAACCAUGCGGUGCCUUCUGCCUCCUCUCCUCAUCAAUUCGGAGCCAGUUUCAGCAGCAGUGCUGUCUCUAGCAGCACCGUGCUAAGCUUAAACCCUCUGCAGGCUGUUGCCAGCACCUCAUCCUCAUCCUUCCCACCCUCUUCCUCUAAUUUAGUAACCUCUAGUGAGACUAGACCCGCUCAGCACCUCAACAGAGCGCCAGUGCAAUCUGUCUUCCACCCCCCUCCUCCCCCUCCUAACGUGUCCUUGCCUCCUCCUCCUCCUCCUCCUCUGCUCGCUUCCACCUCCGAGCCCUCUCUCCUGCAGACCCUGCCCUCCAUCCCCCCCGGCGACACCUUCCUGCCCUCCUCCUCCUCCUCCUCCUCCGCUCCUGUGCAGCCUAACUCUUCUUUGUCUAUUAAACUGGCUUCUCUCCAGCACAAACCCUCCCGGCCCUCCUUUACCGUGCACCACCCGCCCCUGCCCCGCGUGCUCCCGCAGCCCAACGCCGCUGGCACGGCCGCUAUGUGGGUGACCCUUGGCAUGCAGCCUCCUUACGCUUCGCACCUUUCGGGGGUUAAGCCACGCUAAAGAGCUUGCUUAGCUAACGGUUCUUGUUUUGUAAGGUAAGGCCAGACACAAAACCCGGAGGAGUUUGCGGGCGAGACGCUCACUGACGCUUCUUCCUUUGCAGAGAGAGAGGUCGGGGCCGGGCUCCGUGGAGCAGAAACCUCUGGAAGGGGGAAAAGGACCCCUAAAGUGGGGGAGAGAAACCUCUAAAGUGGGGAGAGAAAUCUCUAAAAUGAUGAGAGAAAUCUCUAAAAUGGCAAGAGAAAUCUCUAAAAUGAUGAGAGAAAUGUCUAAAAUGGGGAGAGAAAUCUCUAAAGUGGGGAGAGAAACCUCUAAAAUGGCAAGAGAAAUCUCUAAAGUGGGGAGAGAAACCUCUAAAGUGGGGAGAGAAACCUCUAAAAUGGGGAGAGAAACCUCUAAAAUGGGGAGAGAAACCUCUAAAAUGGCAAGAGAAACCUCUAAAAUGGGGAGAGAAACCUCUAAAAUGGCGAGAGAAAUCUCUAAAGUGGGGAGAGAAACCUCUAAAGUGGGGAGAGAAACCUCUAAAAUGGCAAGAGAAAUCUCUAAAAUGGCAAGAGAAAUCUCUAAAAUAAUGAGAGAAAUCUCUAAAAUGGCAAGAGAAAUCUCUAAAAUGGCGAGAGAAAUCUCUAAAAUGAUGAGAGAAACCUCUAAAGUGGGGAGAGAAACCUCUAAAAUGGCUAGAGAAAUCUCUAAAAUGGCAAGAGAAAUCUCUAAAAUGGCAAGAGAAAUCUCUAAAAUAAUGAGAGAAAUCUCUAAAAUGGGGAGAGAAAUCUCUAAAAUGGGGAGAGAAAUCUCUAAAAUGGGGAGAGAAACCUCUAAAGUGGGGAGAGAAACCUCUAAAAUGGCGAGAGAAAUCUCUAAAAUGAUGAGAGAAAUCUCUAAAAUGGCAAGAGAAAUCUCUAAAAUGAUGAGAGAAAUCUCUAAAAUGAUGAGAGAAACCUCUAAAAUGGGGAGAGAAAUCUCUAAAAUGAUGAGAGAAACCUCUAAAAUGGCGAGAGAAAUCUCUAAAAUGGCGAGAGAAAUCUCUAAAAUGGCUAGAGAAAUCUCUAAAAUGGGGAGAGAAACCUCUAAAAUGGCAAGAGAAACCUCUAAAAUGGCAAGAGAAAUCUCUAAAAUGAUGAGAGAAAUCUCUAAAAUGGCAAGAGAAAUCUCUAAAAUGGGGAGAGAAACCUCUGAAAUGGCGAGAGAAAUCUCUAAAAUGAUGAGAGAAACCUCUAAAAUGGGGAGAGAAACCUCUAAAAUGGCAAGAGAAAUCUCUAAAAUGAUGAGAGAAAUCUCUAAAGUGGGGAGAGAAAUCUCUAAAAUGCGGGGAGCAAAUCAGCUGGUGGCAGAGGAUGGAAAGUGUUGGUGCUCUCUGUUCUGGGAGUCAGGAUUUCUCGACAAAAAGUGCUCGCAGGGGUAACUCUGCUCUGGCUCAGGGUUAUGUUCAGGCUGAGAUCUCUUCAUAGAAAGAGUGUUCUUUCUGGAGGUAGUAAAUUUCUAGGAGGAAAUGUCUAUUUUAAUGUGGUUUUAUACACUUUUGAAAGUGGGUGUUGCCCAUGUGAUCCCCCUCCCCUCCUGCACAGCCUGUUUAUCCCAAACCUGUCCUUGUCCCUAGCACUGAGGUGUCCAAAGGUGCCUCUUUGUAACUCUGUGUGACAACGUGGUGGUCACUAAAAACUGCCCGUCAACAACAGCUGCUCUAAAUAGUCAUCAAGUUAAAAAUCUCUGAGUUAUAAACUUCAGCUUUGCUUGGAGAGCGAAUUCCCUGGGCCUGCAGUGCAGUGUCCCUGCAUCACUGGAAACACAACCACGGGUAGCAGAGGAGGGCUGGGACUCCGCUGUCACCUCCCUGUGCUGGCCUUGCUGCCAGGGCAGGCAGGAGCGGUCUCAGCAGAUGUUUUAUUUUUGCUCACAAGCCCUGGGAGCACAGGGAACGCGCAGGGGGAAGCGGGGCUCCGCUCUCCGCAGAGGCCGUAGGAGAGGAGGGUUCUGGAGGCUGUGUGCGUUUCUCCCCAAGCAGGUGUUGACUGAACUGUCUCUAGAGCUACUCCAGAAUAAACUGUACCACCACAGAGCUGGGUACUGUGGUUCAUGCAAACACUCUGUGGCAAUCCUGCUGUACCAACUCGUGCUUGCCAAGCGCACCCAGCGCGCCCGGCCCCGGCGCUGGCUCCGUGCUUUCCUCCUAGCUCUGUCGUGUUGUCGCUGUCCACUGGGACCAAAGCUACAAACGUGGUUGAACACACUUUGCUGCUUAUAAAACUCGAUUACAACAUUACCUGAGAGAGCCUCUGUGCGUUGUGUGUAGUGUCUUCCUCAUCAAAUCCCUCCUCAGACACCACAAACCCCUGGUUAGGCUUUUGGGAGGCGCGUAAGUAUCGCCAGGUCCUUCCCUGCAGGGACGGCUUUGUGUGCCAGCAGAGGGGUUUGGGAAAACCCCAGAGAGAGAGAGAGAGAGGAUGAGGAUGAAGGAAGAUGGGGAUGGUGAGGAGGGUCAGCGUGGGGCCUGUGCACGGGGGUCCCUGCUGGAAUUACCGAGGCCAGGCUGGGUUGGGAUCCAUCAGGUGUGACAGUCCCUGCCGCUGCAAACCGCUGCAAAUAGAGACAAAGCACAAAAGGGACGUGGAGAGAGUAGCUGGGGUGUGGAGCACGGGAGCAGAACUGAUGGUACCAGAGGUGGUUGUGUUCCCAAGCCCUGGCACUUGAAGCCAGGUCAGGUAUUUGAGCAGUGUCCUUGAUUUCAGUGAGGACAGACGUGUUCAGUGCUUGAGGAGCCAGGGCUGGAACCAGGAACUGGGAGCUGAAAUAACCUUUGCUUCUCCUCUGUGGAGCCAGGCUGGGAGAGCUGGGGGUGCUCAGCUGGAGAGGAGAAGGCUCCAGGGAGAGCUCCGAGCCCCUGGCAGGGCCUGAAGGGGCUCCAGGAGAGCUGCAGAGGGGCUGGGGACAAGGGCUGGAGGGACAGGACACAGGGAAUGGCUCCCAGUGCCAGAGGGCAGGGCUGGAUGGGAGAUUGGGCAGGAAUUGUUGGCUGUGAGGGUGUUGAGGCCCUGGCACAGGGUGCCCAGAGCAGCUGUGGCUGCCCCUGGAUCCCUGGCAGUGCCCAAGGCCAGGCUGGGCAGGGCUUGGAGGGACAGUGGGAGGUGUCCCUGCCAUGGCAGGGGUGGCACUGGAUGGGCUUUGAGGUCCCUUCCAGCCCAAACCUUUCUGUGAUUCAUAAUGUCCCUCCCCCAGAAUAAUAACAACAACAAAACUCAAAUCAGAUUAACUUGUGCUAUAAAAAGGUGAAGCACUGAGGGGGGGGGAAAUACCAUUUUUUUUUACUCUUUUUUCCCCUCACUUGAUGUCAAUCCCAUAGGACAGAGUUCAACACAGUCGCAGCUUGAAAAACUGCAGCAUUUGGAGGGGCCAGGUGUCCCUUGGCACAUCCAUCCUUCCCUCCUUGGGACUGGGUCAAGAUUUGCUUCACCUGAGGAGGUCUUGGAGCAAUGUAGGAAUGAUUGACACAUCUAACAACACAGCAGAUUUUUGCCUUUUAUUUAGAUGAGUCUCUUCCUCUCCUCCUGUUGUGCAGGUAACUAGGAUUUCUACCUCAACCCAAUGUGACCUAUGCAAGGACAACGUGGACCAACUUCACUCGGCUUCCACUGAAAGGUGCUCACCUGGCCUGUGCAGGGGUUUCUACUCUCUUACUACUGGACAAAAUAAAAACCAUUUAAAAAAAAAAAAAAAAAAAAGACCUAAACAACAGAGCAAACAUUUACUGUGAAUCUGA